AUGGAUUAUGGUGGCUAUUUCGGUGGAGCGCAAAUCUCUUCGUCAACUGUCGCCUCGUCGACUGAGGGAUCACCGGUACCGAAUCCGUUUCAGAUGACAGCCGCGAAUCUGAACUUUGCCGCCUCACAAAGUGGCUACUCGACUCAUCAAUCACAUUUGUAUGGUCAAUACACGAAUCCGUACACAUUAGCCACUGGACGCUCCCUUCCCUCUCAAUCAAGUGGAGUCUAUCGACAGUCCACCGAGCAACUCCAAGCGUUUUUCAACAGCGGUCUCCAAUAUCAACUCUACGGGAAAACGGUUUCCGAGGGUUUACGGGGCGGUGUUUUGCCGGGGAUUCCCGGGUCAAGUCUGGUCGGUGCCCUCUGCGGUGGCGGCAAUCCGAACGAACGUCGAAAGCAGCGCCGCAUUCGUACCACGUUCACGAGUGCACAAUUGAAAGAACUCGAAAGGGCUUUCAUGGAGACACACUAUCCAGAUAUUUACACACGAGAGGAUAUCGCAAUGAGGAUCGAUCUCACCGAGGCUCGGGUUCAGGUUUGGUUUCAAAAUCGACGAGCCAAGUGGCGUAAACAAGAGAAACUCCGAAAGGCAAAGGAUGAAAACCCAACAGACACCCUUGUCGAUUCGAGUCAAAAUGAUCCAAUCGAGAAGGAAUUGAUCAUCACCGCUGACAUGAUU